UUCCAAGAGUUACCCUACGUCGAUUUGGCUGAACUGCUACGGCGUAAAAAUUGUGUAACCUGGGUGUGCAGGAACUAAUGUAUAAGUGACCUAGACUUUUCAUUCAAGUUUAACAUUUACCUGGCCCUUACGUAUGUGACAGCAGCCUCCAUGAACAACUUGAAUGACCCCCCCAGAUGGAACAUCCAACCAGACCCGAGAGGAAGAGGGGCGGGGGCCGGUGAUGGGAACCAAUGGAACUACGCCCUGCUGGUCCCCAUGCUGGGACUGGCUGCAUUUCGUAAGUUACGCAAGGUGACGUGUGAAGGUUGGAUCUGGACCAAGGAGUCUCAGAGGGAGAUCCAAAAGGUCAAAGCCCAGUAUGACAAAGAUGUGUCCACAAUCAAAAAUGAGAUGGAGGUAAAGUACCGUGAGACACUGACAGAGAGACGCAGGGCAGCGGCUACACUGGAGCUUGAGCUGGAGAAGGAGAGACAGAGGGUGAAAGGCUACAAGCAGGCCCUGGUCUCACAGAGCCAGCAGCUGAUGGAAGAGCGGAAACAGUUACAACAGGAGCGGGAAACCUUGGAGGAGGAGAAGCAAAGGCUGGUGAAGUCCGGCGCCGCAGGGGCUGUUCUGCACCACGCCCUGGAACGAGAGAACAACUGGUACAAUCGUGCCACUGCUACUCUGAAGGAGCUAGAGGGUCAGCUUGUAGAGCGCCAGAAUGCGUACUGUUCCCUCAUCCAACCCAGAGAGCAGCGGCUGGAGAUGGAGAAGAACAUGCUGCUUAAGGUCGUCAAAAACCCAGUCGGGGCAGAACUGGAUCUAGAGUCCGAUCUGAAGGACAUUUUCAAGAGAGAUAAGCACUGUGCAGACCUGCUAAACAUGGACAAGAGGAAGAAUGGAAGCCUCAUGUGGGUCUACCUCAAGUACUGGCAGCUGCAGGUCACUGUCCAGAAACACAAGAGAGCUGAAGAGGCCGUAUUAGGAGAGAAAGUCCUGUCUCACACAAAGUGACAAAAGACAAACAAAGAUAAUUUAACUUUAAAGAAUGUUGAAAGUACUGUAUAUGGACUGGAAAUGAAAAAUGCAUGUAUUUUUCACUGUGUGUGAUUCUCUUUACUUGUAGGGAUUCCAUUCAAACACUAAAAACAAUCAUCUCAACCAGAUAAUGUCCAACAUAACAAAGUUCCUCUCUUUAACUCCCCAUAAACUGUCAGGCUUGAGCAGGCCAAAAUGCAUUCCCAUAAUUUCAGAAGCCCCAGUUAAGACAUAUUAGCUGUGUGGAAAAUAUAUAAUGGUUAAAAUGCUCUGGGAUCAUCAAGGUGAUAUCUUCAUUGGAUUGACAACUUCAGUUUUUUUUCCAUUCAGCUCCUUGUUAGAACAUUUUUAUCAAUUGAACUUGCAUCUUAUGAGUGCCAUGAAUUGCUUUUAGUUGCACAUGAAUUCAUAUUUUUGUAAAUUCAACCAAUCCAUGGGGGUUAUGAAUACAGGGCUCCCAAUAACUGUUCCCAGUAUGGUGUGAUAAUACACACAAAUCUAAAGAUGAAAUAACAAUCACUCUAAAGACUACUGCGUUGAACAAAAAGAAAGAGGCAGGAUACAUAUACACAUUGUCAAGAACAAUAUUUUGAUGGAGAAGUCUCUCUGUGGGGUGUGUUAAUACCAUACAUUAAUGUGGGGAUGGUCUAUGGUGCAAGGUAUUUAUCAUGAAAUCCGUGAGACUCUGUUUUUUUCCCCCAACACUUCUGUCCAUAAAUUGGGGUUUUCCCCCAUCCGUGACAUCUCUCCUUCCACUCUGAUGUGUGUUACCGUGUGUGAUACAUGGCCUCAGACCAAUUCAAUAUUGGGUUUGUUUCUGAUCACUGGUGUUACAUAUCUAGGUCUGUGUGAGCUUUUUAACUACAUCGAAGAUGCAUGAGGACUAAAGGCAUCAGAGCUCAGAGUAGUCAAUACUGCAACAAACACAGUCAAACAGCACCCUUUUACUUGUCGCUACAGUCUCGUAAUGAAGGGUCAAUCUGAAGCUGUGGCAUUUCACCAAGCCUGUCUGCACUGUCAUGUUUUAGUUUUGACCAUAACUUGGUGAAUAAGUGCUGCAUAUAAUGCCAUAAGUUCACAUGUACUGACUUGAACCCUUCUGUGAAACCCUCCUAAUAAAUCUUUUGGUGAAAGAAAUA